GGUCACAUUCCCUCGCUCGCCUCCGUCUCGUGAACUUGGCUCUCUUGUGCGCUGAAAACUGGCUGCUACACAGCUGUUUUGAAUCCCCGAGUUCAUUCGAUCAUUCUUGCUCAUCUCUUCACUCAGGCGUUUGAUUUUGAUCAGUUUUCUACGUCUAUUCUGACUCCAACUCUAUAGAUAAACCCUUUUCCGCCUCCUUCGUAGAAUCAGAGGGCUUUCCGGACGAAAGCGAAUCAGUGAAUCCAAACGAGAUCAUUUUACUCCUUCAGGUGGUUCGAAAACAGAACUACACAAUGUCCUCCUCCUCAGCAGCCGUCAAGUUCUUGUCCCUCAUGGCACUCGUCGGGGUGUCAUUAGCAACGGUGGCUCUUGGGCCCUCACCUGUCCAUCCAGAUCACCCGGGCCAGUGUUGGAGCGAAUCGCAGAAGAGAAGUUUCCCCGACGGCAAAAACUGGCAGGAACCCAAUUGCGUCCAAGUGACCUGCACAGCCUACAAGGGGCGACUCUUCGUCCAAUACGCAUCGUGCCCGAGCGUUGGCGUUCCUCCCGGCUGCACGACCACCAGGGACUUGAAAAUGCCAUACCCCAGCUGCUGCCCCAUGCCCUCCUGCCCAGAGAUUCCCACAGCCGCCGAACUGAACGGACCUGAAUACGACGACUUCACCAACUGGAUCAAUGAACAUUACGACCAGCAGACGCAAAUGGAAUAGAAGAGGGAAGUGGGGUGGAGCCCUGUUUCGAAAGAGCUCACAAACACGGUGCAGUCUCCUUCGACGAAAACCUGCCCUCGAUCGGCACCGUUCGCUUUCUCUUAGAAGUAGUAAGGGAUUUGCUGGGCUUUCACUCGGAGGAAUACAGAAGGCUGCUUCCACGGAGGAAGAAGGAAUUUACCCUCGUAAACAGCGAGAGGUUCGGAUUUUCUACGUAAAAUAAUGUGCGUUUGAUUUUGGCUAGAAAACUUCGUCACGGAUGUGGUAAUUCCCUUGAAGACUAAUGGGAAACAGGGCUCAGGCCAAAUCUAUCGAAGCCCAAGACACUGACAAACAAUCUGCUAGUUUUGCAUACUUUUAUAUCAUCAAAAUCAGCCGAUAUAUCGCAGUCAAUUUAUAACAAUUCGCAAUUGAACCCAACCGACGUUUCUUACGUAGGAAAAGUUACAAACAUAAAUACGAAUCUGUUUGUGGUGCUACUGACUGACGCCUUCGCUGCGUUUCGAAUAUUUGUCCGUUCGUUUUCCUUCUCGAUUUCCUCAAUUCCCAAAAUCAGUCGGCUUGCAAAGCCUCGCUUCUCCGAGUGACGUCAGCAAAAUACAGUUUAAGAUUUAUGUACAAAGUUCAAACGCCUUCAUGCAACGUAUAUUUUAAAUUCAGCAUUGUCAUGCGCGCGCGCCAGUGUGUGUAGACGUUCAGAUAUUUAUUUAUUCGUCCGUUUCAUUAUAACAUUCAUCAUCAUCUUCAUCAUUGUCACCAGUUUUUCAGUCAUUACGAUUUGCUAAGUCUAGAUGAACCAUCUUCGUCUCUCAUUUGUUUCCGUCAAAGUGGAAAGGAGUUUCAAUGGUCAAACUAUAUAUUCCAUUCCCUUUUCAAUUCAUAUUUUCAUCUAGUCUCGAUUCACUGGUGUAUUUUGACAUUCAGCAUUGUUCAGAAUACCAUAUCCAAAGACUUAAUUUUUUUUUUUUAAUUCAUCAAAGAUUUCGGUUCCGAUAGAGACUCUGCCAAGUUGUUCAUAUUGAGACUUCAUCUUCAAAUCUCUAUUUUCAUAAUCU